AUGUUUCGCGUUGCGCUCCUCGGGGCCCUCGUGCUGCAAGUUUUAUCCCAUGAGCUCGUCUACCUGCACGACGGAUCGCCACUUUUCGGGGAGGAGUCGACCGCACCGAACGGGAAACAAGUCACCACAUUUUAUGGCAUACCCUUUGCCGAGCCGCCGGUAGGGGCGUUAAGAUUCCGAAAACCCAAACCUAAAGCCCCGUGGCGGCACGUCUUUAACGCCACAGUGUUGCCGAAUGCUUGCUAUCAGAGCAUCGACACCUAUUUCGGCGAGUUUUUCGGUGCCACCAUGUGGAACGCAAAUACAAAAAUGUCAGAAGAUUGCUUGUAUCUCAACGUGUUUGUGCCGGGAAAGAUCGACCCGAACAAGCGCCUUGCCGUCCUCGUCUGGGUUUACGGUGGCGGCUUCUGGAGCGGGUCGUCGUCGCUGGAGGUGUAUAACGGGAAGAUCUUUCCGACGGAAGAAAACAUCAUCCUCGUCUCGAUGCAGUACCGAGUGACCAUCUUCGGCUUCUUGUACCUUGGCGUGCCGGAGGCCCCCGGAAAUAUGGGUCUCUGGGACCAGCAGGUGGCGCUGAAAUGGGUCCACAAGCACAUCGACGUCUUUGGCGGCGACCCGAACCGGAUAACGCUUUUCGGGGAGUCGGCCGGGGCGGCUUCUGUAAAUAUGCACAUGCUUUCUGCGAAAUCUACACCGUAUUUUCAUCGAUCCAUUCUCCAGUCCGGAAGCGCGACGGCCCCGUGGGCUACGGAACCUCGAGAGAUAGCCCUUGCCCGCAGCGUGGUCGUCUAUAACGCGAUGGGCUGUGGCAACAUGUCGGUGCAUCAGGUCAACCGGGAGGCCGUGCUGAAGUGCAUGGUGCAGGCGGAUCCGGAAACGUUACUCAAAUAUGAGUGGGAACCGGUCCGUGAAUUUGCCGACUUCCCAUGGGUUCCGGUCGUAGAUGGCGAUUUCUUGACAGAAUCUCCUGCCACAGCCAUUCGACAGGGUCAUUUUAAGAACACCGAGCUCCUCCUCGGCAGCAAUCUCGACGAGAGCAUCUACUUUAUCGUCUAUCAGCUCGGGGACAUCUUCCCAGUCGACGAGUUCUUCCACGUCGAGAACUUCAUAAACGAUAGGUCGACGUGGAUGCGGGGGAUCAACGGGUUGUUGCCGAGACAGAUGUUGAAGUCUGCUCUCGUGCUCGCCGCCAUCAUCCACGAGUACGAGCCGUACAAGUCCCCAGUGACUUCGCAGGACUGGAUCAACACCAUGGAUAAGAUGCUCGGCGACUACCACUUCACCUGUAACGUCAACGAGAUGGCCCUAGCGCAUACUAAGCAUGGAGGCGAUACCUAUUAUUACUACUUUACGCACAGGGCCACCGCCCAAACGUGGCCGGCGUGGAUGGGCGUCCUGCAUGGCUACGAGAUCAACUUCAUCUUCGGUGAGCCGUACAACACGGCCAAGUUCAAUUACACGCGCGAGGAGCAGGAGCUGGCGAGCCGGUUUAUGCGAUAUUGGGCCAAUUUUGCGAGGACGGGUGAUCCGAACAAAAAUGACGAUGGCACGUACACGCAAGACGUCUGGCCCAAAUACCACUCCGGGACGAUGGAGUAUAUGAACUUGACGGUCGAGUCGCAGUACAAUGAUGGCGCUCGUCGGAUAGGACAUGGCCCUCGACAGAAGGAGUGCACGUUCUGGAAGUUUUAUGUGCCGAAUUUGAUGUCAGCUCUGGCGGACUACGGCGAUCCAUACCUCCUUUGGAAACAACAAAUGGAAAAGUGGCAACACGAAUACAUCACCGAUUGGCAGCUCCAGUUCGAGCAGUACAAAAAGUACCAACACUACCGCCAGCAGGACCAAGAAAACCAGAACUGCAACCACCAGGAUUUA